CAACCUUAUCUCAUCCUAAAACAAACCAUGUCUGCUUCUAACCAAAACGUUUACUUGAAAGCUACUCGCUAUGGUAAGGACCUUGUCCGUCUCUUGCGUGUCUAUCGUGAAGGUCAAGUUCAACGCUGUACUGAAUUGACUGUCCGUUUGUUGUUGGAUGGUGAUAUUGCUACUUCUUACACCAAGGCUGAUAAUUCCGUUGUUGUUACUACUGAUACCUGCAAGAACACUGUCAACAUGUUGGCCAAAAAGUCCCAAAAUGUCGAUAAUAUUGAAUUAUUUGCUCAAGAAAUUACUGAACAUGUUUUGAAGCAAUAUGCUCACAUCACCCAUGCUUAUGUUGAUAUUAUCAAGCACAAAUGGUCUCGUUUGUCUGUUGAUGGUAAGCCUCAUCCUCAUUCUUUUGUUCGUGAUGGUGAAGAUGUGCAAACUUGCUCUGUGGUCCGUGAACGUGCUGGUAACAAGGUCGCUAUCAAGUCUGGUUUGAAGAAUUUGUUGGUGCUCAAGACCACUGGUUCUGCUUUCCAUGGCUUUUAUCGCGAUCAAUACACCACCUUGGCUGAAACUUGGGAUCGUAUUUUCUCUACUGCUGUUGACUGUGAAUGGGUGUUUACCUCCAACGAUGAUAAGGUCUUGCGUCAUAUCAACUUCCCUGCUAUCCAUGAUAGUAUCAAGAAGAUUACUACCGAUACUUUUGCCACCGAUGAUUCUGCUUCCGUUCAAGCUACUAUGUACUUGAUGCAAACUCAAGCUUUGGCUAAGCACCCCGAAAUUGCAGAAAUCAGCUAUGCCUUGCCCAACAAACAUUACGUCGGUAUGGACUUGUCCAAGCUCGGUUUGGAUAACACUGGCAAGAACAUGGAUAUCUACUAUCCUCAACCUGAUCCCUCUGGUCUCAUUACUGCCACUGUUGCUCGCAAACCUGCUUCCAAGCUCUAAAGGUUUUCUACUGAUAUUUUUUUUUAUUUUAGUUUUUCUUCCUCAUAUUUUUUAGUUUUAUUCUUUUUUUUUUUUUAUAUCCAUCAUCCUCCUCUUUUCCCUCCAAGAUUUUUUUUUUGUACAUCGUAAUCCUUGAUGGGCUAUGGUGAUACUUUUUAGGUUUUUUUUUUUUUGUACAAAAACAUUCAUAUAUACUUUUCUUUUAUUUU